GAAGAGGCACAGUUCUCCCAAACCCUAACAAAAAUCCCCUUUCUCUCACCGGUCACCAUGCGGACUCUCAUUUCUCGAACGCUGAGUCAACUCAGCGCCGGACUCGCCAACUCAACCGCCGCCGGCCACUCCAAUCACCACCGGAGAUGUUACAGUAACUUGAUUCCGAUGGUAAUCGAGCACUCAUCCCGAGGCGAACGAGCUUACGACAUCUUCUCGCGUCUACUCAAAGAGCGAAUUGUGUACAUCAAUGGACCUAUCUCUGAUAAUACUUCUCAUGUUGUUGUGGCUCAGCUGCUGUUCCUCGAGUCGGAGAAUCCGUCGAAGCCGAUUCAUAUGUAUAUCAAUUCUCCCGGCGGCUCCGUUACUGCAGGUCUUGCAAUAUAUGAUACAAUGCAGUACAUUCGAUCCCCAAUCAAUACAAUAUGCAUUGGUCAAGCUGCAUCAAUGGGUUCUCUCCUCUUAGCUGCUGGUGCGAAGGGUGAGAGGCGGUCUCUUCCUAAUGCCACAGUUAUGGUUCAUCAGCCGUCCGGAGGGUAUAGUGGACAGGCUAAAGAUCUGACCAUUCACACCAAAGAAAUAGUUCGUCUUUGGGAUGCAUUGAAUGCACUGUAUGCAAAGCAUACAGGACAGCCUAUAGAUGUAAUUCAAAAGAACAUGGACCGGGAUUAUUUUAUGACACCACAAGAGGCGAAAGAGUUCGGAAUAAUUGAUGAGGUUAUAGAUGAAAGGCCGAUGGCUCUAGUCACUGAUGCUGUUGGGAAUGAUGGCAAAGAUAAAACCUCUACAUAAAUUCCCAAGGUCUUAGGCUGGUGUCUAACUAACUUCUUGCUGGGAUUAAAUGUUUAUUUAGUUGGAGAAAUUGGGAACAAUUUGGAGACCAGGUUUUUCUGCAAAUCAACUCUGAUGUCAGGUGGUUCAUAAUUUGAAAGGAGAAGAAACAAAGCAUUUCACUUUUUAAUUUUCUCUAUAUUUGUUGCUCUUAUACAUAAUCUAGUUCAUGUUGGCAAGAUCUGAAAUUUAAGCUUGUCGCUUUUGGCAGAAUUAUUGUAUUCAUAUUCACUUGGAUGAGCUGCUAGGCCAGAUUAGAUUUCUUGAUUUUAAUGUCCCAAGAUAAUAAGGGUUCUCUUAAAUUUUCGGUCUUGUACAUGGUUUGUACGGAUGCUGUUAUUGAACAUAACAUCGGAAUUCUUCCCAGUCUUCUGCCGA